AUGGAGACUGUCUUGUCUUCAGCUUCUGGAUCCAUUUCCAAGCUCUGUAGCUUUACCAUUGUGCUUCUCUUCUUGUUCUCCUGCUCCACUUUCACUUCUACAGAAGCUUAUGAUGCACUUGAUCCAACUGGCAAUGUCACUAUCAAAUGGGACGUAAUAAGCUGGACUCCAGAUGGCUAUGUUGCGGUUGUUACAAUUUACAAUUUCCAACAGUAUCGCCAUAUUCAGGCACCUGGUUGGACGUUGGGGUGGACAUGGGCAAAAAAGGAAGUAAUCUGGAGCAUGAUGGGAGCCCAAACUACAGAGCAAGGGGAUUGUUCAAAGUUCAAGGGAAACAUACCACAUUGCUGUAAAAAGGAUCCAACAGUUGUGGAUUUAUUGCCUGGAACUCCUUAUAACCAGCAGAUAGCAAAUUGCUGCAAAGGCGGGGUGAUAAAUUCAUGGGUUCAAGACCCUGCCAAUGCAGCAAGCUCAUUUCAGGUUAGUGUUGGUGCUGCAGGAACAACUAACAAAACUGUGAGAGUGCCUAGAAACUUUACCCUAAGAGCACCAGGUCCUGGAUAUACUUGUGGGCCUGCCAAGAUUGUGAGACCAACUAAAUUCGUGACUCCGGAUAAAAGGAGAAUAACUCAAGCUAUGAUGACAUGGAAUGUUACAUGCACAUAUUCACAAUUCCUGGCUCAGAAGACACCUACUUGUUGUGUCUCCCUCUCUUCCUUCUAUAAUGACACCAUUGUAAGCUGCCCGACAUGUGCUUGUGGCUGUCAAAAUAACAUAACAGAACCUGGGAGCUGUGUAAGUGAAAGGUCUCCAUAUUUGGCUUCAGCUGUUUCUGGUCCAGGCAAAUCUAGCAAUUCACCUCUGCUUCAGUGUACAAGCCAUAUGUGUCCUGUUCGAGUUCACUGGCAUGUUAAGCUCAACUACAAGGAGUAUUGGCGUGUGAAAAUCACAAUCACCAAUUUCAAUUACAGAAUGAAUUACACACAGUGGAAUCUAGUUGUGCAACAUCCGAACUUUGACAAUCUUACCCAGCUUUUCAGCUUUCAUUACAAAUCAUUAACUCCAUAUGCUGGCUUAAAUGAUACUGCCAUGUUAUGGGGAGUUAAGUUUUACAAUGAUUUGCUCUCAGAAGCUGGCCCUCUUGGGAAUGUGCAGUCAGAACUACUAUUCCAAAAAGAUGCAGCAACUUUUACUUUUGAAAAGGGAUGGGCUUUCCCGAGGAGGAUAUAUUUUAAUGGUGAUAACUGUGUCAUGCCACCUCCAGAUGCCUAUCCAUGGUUGCCAAAUUCUGGUUUUAGGCCAGUUAUCUCUCUAUGUCAGCUGGUCAUGACAAUCUUGGCAUCUAUUGUUUUCUUAUGGGCUUAUAUGUGAUGAAUAAUGUCUGGGAAACUGCUACAGCCAUUUGUUUGACAGCCCGCAAAUCCCAUCUGAUUUAUAUUAAUACACUGAAGCUUAUAAUGAUCCACUUGAUGGGGUUGGAAUAGUGUUGGUGCGGCAACAUAGCAUGCUACAAGCAGGUUCAGGUGCACAAUGUCCUGUUCUUAAAGCAUUUUGGCUUAUUAUUUAUUUAUUCAGGUUUGUAAUUUACACCAUUUCUUUUUGGAGUUAGCUGCUUUGUUGUAUGUUUAUUCACAUCAUACACACGAUCGAUUUGUUUGUAGAGUAUCCACAAACAAGUUUGUAGCAUUGUAUUGACGAACAUCAAAAGAAAUUAUAGUUGAUAUAUGGUUUGUUAUGUUUC